AUGGAAGAAAUUAUUGAUAAACUCCCAACCGAAAGUGUGAUUAUAGUCAAAGAUACAAAUAAUAAACAGGCUACUAAAACUGAAGUAAUGAAAGGAAAUCCCUUUAUUAUACCUCAACACAUGCGCUUGUUCAGUAACACAUCUAAAAUUAAAAAGGAACCGAAAGAACCAUUUAUAAUGGAUGAAGCAAAAACGGUUUGCGAUAUUGACGAAACCUUUUUCAAUAUCAUUGAAGGACGCCCUUUAAGACAAUUCUCAGAUAUAAAAGUUUAUAUGACGAAUAUAAGGGAUAUUACUUUAUUUAAAGCUAAUGCUGCUUACCUUAAAGACCAAAUGAUUCAAAUCGACACAGCCAAAUCUGAUGAAUUAGAAGAAUAUGAAAAUAUUGAACGGAUGUACAAUAGUAUUAAAUCUAGUUUUGUUAAUUUUGCAAAGGAAAGCUUUGACAGUGCUAAGCGUCGUGAAAAACUCUGUAAAGAAAGAGAAUAUUUGGUAGACAUGAUAAUAGAGAAAUUAAAUGAAUUGAGCUUUACCUAUAAUAAAUUGAGAAACGAGGUAGAUUCCUUAGAAGCCGUUUUUGAAAUACUGUCGAAGUACGGUGAAUUCCUUUAUCACAUGUCUCCAGCUUCUUGGAAGAACGUAAACACUAAUAUUUUUUUAAAGAAGCAAACUGGAGUUCUUCGGGCGUUAUUUUCUGAUAUAUAUACUCCAUCCACGCCAACAGAGCCCAAAUUUAACGACUUUAUCACAAUGUGCAACAAUAAUCAACCGAAACUAUAUUUUAAAAGACCAGCUCAACUUAUACACAUAUUUGAAGAGCUGAGUAAACAGUGCCUAAAUUACAUGCAAGUGGAUGUUGUUACCACCAACAUUAAAAGUACUGUUUUAAGGAGAAGAGAUUUCUUACGAGCAAUUAUUGAAAAUGAAGCGGAUGAAGUCACAGGUAUUAUAAGUUAUUAUGAAAAACAGGUACAGUUCUUGGAGUUUAAAGAAACCGAAUAUAAAACUAAAUUCUAUCGUUUACUGUCAACUCAGUUUCAUGAUCUGUAUGCUUCGUAUGAUGCAACGAAAAUAUUCACUUGCUUACAAUACGUACACACGCAAGUACUGAGAACUCAAGAAGACCCUAAAGAUAGCAUCACAACGUUAGCUCAUAAUUUAGAGAAUCUUUAUAUAGAAAUUAUGUCACAAUUCGAUGCUUUAGAUCAGAAAGUUGUGAAAAGCGCAACACGGGAACUCUUCGCUGAAGAUAGAAAAAUGAUGAAACGAGCUCUGUUUGCGCAGAGGACGUUAAAAGAGUGCGAUAUUUUGACGAAGUCACUAUACUCCAGUUUUGAAUCAUCUAGACGUCAGCGGCAAUAA